AUGAGGCCGGCCGUGUUCUUCCUUGUGGCGGUGCUGCUGGUCGGCAUCCUCGCCAGCCGAGCCGCGGGCGACUUCUCGGCUCUGGCGCCGUGCGACGUGAUGCAGCUGAGCCCGUGCGCGAGCGCGUUCGCGGGGAAGGCGUCGCCGACGUCCGCGUGCUGCGUCAGGCUCAAGUCCCACGGGCCCAACUGCCUGUGCCGGUACAAGGACGACGCCAACCUGAAGCGCCUCGUCGACACCAGGCACAAGCGCAGGGUGUUCACCGCGUGCAAGGUGCCCGUGCCGAGCUGCUAG